ACCCCUCCUUUAUUAAAUGCUUCUCACUACUAAACAAACAUCAAACCUUCCUAAAAUCCUCACAAAAACAAAACUCAUAAAACCCCUAAACACACACACACACACACACCAAAAACCGCUUCUUCAAUCUUUAUUACUCUCAACCCAAUUCACCUUUCUAGAUCACAAAUUAUACAAAAAGAAACCAAACCCUCAAUUGGGUAAAAUCUUUUUUCCAAAAAAUGUUCAACCUUUUCAACAUAAAACUCCGGCGACUCUUCCGGUGGCCGGUGCGCCGCCGUACAAAGCCCAAAAUCACCAUCAAAAGGCUUAAAAAGUCAAACUUUAUGGGUCAAGAUUCAUCAAAUCCAAAUGGGUCAGCCACAAUUCACCCAAAUAACCAAACAGGUGUCUCAAAAUCCGAAACCCCAAUUCGAAUUGCAACUUUUAAUGCAGCUUUGUUCUCCAUGGCACCAGCAGUUCCAGAGUUGACCAAAAAAGGUUCAAGCUUUGACCUUUUUGAAGAUGAUCAAGAUUACACAAAGGUAGCCUCUGAUUAUUCAGUUUCUUGCUCUAAUAUAAAGUCAAAAUCAAUGGUUGAUAGGCCCAAAAGUAUAUUAAAACAAUCACCAUUGCAUUCAAGUUCAGUUAGUAGUAGUUCAGAAAGUUUGUUAAAAGAGUCAAAACAGCAGAAGUUUGCAAAGUCAAAGCUGAGGGUGUCUAUUAAUUUACCCGAUAACGAAAUCUCGUUAAGGCGAAGUGGGCAGUUGAGCUUUGUUAGAGAUGAAACCGAAACCAACCCGAGUUUGAAAACUAGUGGUUCUAGAGGUAUAAGCAAGGUUUUGAAAGGAAAGGGUGUUUUGAGGUCAAACAACAGUUUUUGUUCAAGGGAGUUAGAAAGUCAAAGGGGGGAGUGUCGGUCCACGAAGACGGUUCUUGAGGUUUUGAGAGAAUUGGAUGCAGAUAUAUUGGCUUUACAGGAUGUGAAAGCUGAAGAAGAAAAGGAUAUGAAGCCAUUGUCUGAUUUGGCUGCUGCUUUGGGUAUGCAUUAUGUUUUUGCUGAGAGUUGGGCACCGGAAUUUGGUAAUGCGGUUUUGUCGAAAUGGCCGAUUAAACGAUCCAAGGUUCAGAAGAUUUUUGAUGAUUCUGAUUUCAGGAAUGUUUUAAAGGCGACAAUUGAUGUCCCCCAAACUGGAGAAGUUGAUUUUCAUUGCACCCUUCUUGAUCAUCUUGACGAGAAUUGGCGAAUGAAACAAAUAAACGCAAUAAUCGAGUCUAAUGAGAGACCACACAUCUUAGCCGGAGGUAUCAACUCUCUUGACGAAACAGACUACUCCCCCGAAAGAUGGACCGACAUUGUUAAGUACUAUGAAGAAAUGGGAAAACCGACACCAAAAGUUGAAGUGAUGAAGUACUUAAAGAACAAACAGUACACCGAUGCCAAGGAUUGCGCAGGCGAAUGCGAAUCUGUAGUCAUUAUCGCCAAAGGCCAAAACGUGCAGGGUACGUGCAAAUAUGGUACUAGGGUAGAUUACAUAUUGGUGUCGCCUGAUUCUCCCUACAAGUUUGUUCCGGGUUCAUAUAUGGUUUUAUCAUCAAAAGGUACUUCUGACCACCAUAUCGUCAAAGUUGAUGUAACGAGGGCAGACGAUUCUGGUCAACCACCGUGUGUUAGGAGUCAUCGACAUCCUAAACAAAAAGUUGUAAAGAUCAUGGAUUCUAAUUCAACAAAAGGGGUGUGGAAAAUGCAAACUUUAGACCGGUAGUAGUGAUACGUAUGGUUAGCUUUUUUUUUAUGCAUAUAUAUGGGGUGCAUUCAAUACAUAACCAAUUUUAAGCAGAGAAUGGGACAGGAAAGUGAUGUGGUUAUGUGGUUAGAUAACGGUCUUAUAUAUCACAUUUAAAGAAUAGGACAAGUGUUUAUGUGGUUCUUGGAGUUCUUUAAUUAAAUUGAUUUUGUAUUGAACGACCCUGAUGUGGGGUGUGUGUUUUUAUUUGUUGGGGUGAGGUUUAUGUUUGUUUAAUGGAGAGGAGCUGGAGAUUAUCUUUAACCAUGUAUAGAUUUAUGUUUUUGUGCAGCUUGUUGUAAGUAUUGAGGUUUUCUUUAGUUUUUGUAUGUUGAAGAAAAUAUGGAGUUUUCUUGAA